UUCAUAUAUUGUUUAUGUUAGAUUUCAAUUAGAAGAAUGAGUUUCAAAAAAACUUAUUUAUUCAAAAUAGUAAAUGAAAAAGGAAUAUGUAACAAUUUAAAUUUGUAGGAAUCGAUUAAUUACUGCAAUGGCAUCUUCGCAAGAUGCUUGGUAUUUGUCCUUAUUAGGUUUAGCGGAAUAUUUUAGGACUUCAAGUACACCUAUGAUUAAACAGUGUAUUCAGUGUCUUCAGGCUGUUUUUAAUUUCAAACCACCACCCAGAGUUGAAGCAAGGACUCAUUUACAACUAGGAAAUAUAUUGUUGACCCAUACGAAAAAUACAGAUUUGGCAAAGAAUCAUUUAGAACAAGCUUGGCAUCUUUCCCAAGUAAUCAAUACAUUUGAUGAUGUAAAAUUUGAAGCAGCCAGUGUACUAGCAGAGUUAUAUGAACAGCAACAGCAAAUUGCUUUGUCGAAACCUAUUUUGAGGAAAGCAAUUGAGUUAUCCCAACAUAAUGUAUAUUGGCAUUGUAGGCUGAUAUUUCAACUUGCACAAAUCCAUGCAACAGAGAAAGAUUAUCAACUCGCAAGUAGUUUGCUUGGAGUUGGUGUAGAUUAUGCCCAUAUUUCAAAUGCAUACUAUACAAGAGUUUUAUUUUUAUUAAGCAAAGGAAUGUUGUUGUUAAUUGAUAAAAAAAUACAAGAAGUACAAGGUGUAUUAAGUCAAGCAGGCCAUUUAAUAGAGAGUUGGACAGGAGCACCAUAUCAAAAAGAAUAUCUUAAAGUUUAUUAUCUUGUUUUACAAGUUUGCCAUUAUCUUAUGAGUGGACAGGUGAAAAGUGUGAAACCUUGUUUGAAGCAAUUGCAACAAAGUAUUCAAACAAUAAUGGGAAGUGAUGAUAUUUUCACUGGACCAAGUGCGGGAGACAUGUUUUUGUGGAUGCCUAAAGAGCAUCUUUAUGUUUUGGUUUAUUUAGUUACAGUAAUGCAUAGUGUUCAGGCAGGUUAUAUGGAAAAGGCUCAGAAGUAUACAGAUAAAGCUUUAAUGCAAAUAGAAAAAUUGAAAAUUGUCGACAACAAACCAAUUUUAUCUACUUUUCAACUGAUGCUGUUAGAACAUAUAAUUAUGUGUCAUUUAGUGAUGGGAAAUAAAACGCAGGCACUUCAAGAAAUUUCCACUGUUGUAAGUUUAUGCAGACAGAAUCCUCGAUUGUUGGAGUGCCAUUGGCCACAACUGCAUACACUUUUAGGACUGUAUUCCAUGAAUAUGAACUGCAUGGAAGCAGCGGAAGCUCAGUUUAUGGUCACGUUAAAUAUUCCGAGGGAUAAGGAGCUGUGGACAUUUGCAAAUCUCAACUUAGCGAUCGUUUAUUUGAGGACUAAGAGGGAAGCUGAUUUCAAUGCUUUGCAUGACAGGAUCAACCCAGAAGCGUUGCCAUCUCAUUCGCAUAGUUUAAAAGCAGCCGCUUAUUAUGUACAGGGACUUCAUGCUUUUUUCCAGUGUAGAUACAAUGAGGCAAAACGAUAUUUACGUGAAACAUUAAAAAUGGCCAACUCUGAAGAUCUAAAUAGGCUCACUUCUUGUUCACUGGUGUUAUUGGGACAUAUAUUCCUGUCUUUAGGAAACAGUAGGGAGAGUAUGAACAUGGUUACUCCUGCCAUGCAAUUAGCAAGUAAAAUACCAGAUGUUCACGUGCAAUUGUGGGCUUCUGCAAUUUUGAAAGAUCUCUACAGAAUAUGCAACGAUAUGGCGAACGAGAAUGAAGCAUAUCAAAGGCAUGUACAUUUUUCACAAAUGCUGCUCAACGAUCAUUUUCAGGCUUCACAGAUGCCAGAACAUGGCCUUAUAACAUGGACUCAGGGUAACCUUCCCCCUCAAUUACCUAACGAGGGACCUUGCACAUCAGGAGUUAUGUUAUAGUUUUAAAUUCAUGUAAUAUUUCAAAUUGUGUAUAAAAUUAACAAAUUUUUAUAUUGAGAGGAAUAUGUUUUCAUAUUAAAAUAAUUUAUGAGAAAA